AGACUUUUAAACAAAAUAAAGCCAUCAUAUCCUGAAGACAGUGAAUUAGUUGGGAGCUUCCUGACAUGGAGAAACUGAUACCAGUUAUUCUUAUUUUAAGAGACUUCAUAUUGCUUAUUUCCUGCAGUGAAACAGAUUUUUAUUUUGUAUCAACCCCCAUGUCAUGGAAUGCGGCUCAGAGUUUCUGUAGAAGUAACAACUUGGAUCUGGUAACUGUUACAGAUCAAGAGAUGAAUCAGCAGCUUUUAAACAUUUCAAAACAUUAUUAUUAUUAUUAUUAUUAUUAUUAUUAUUAUUAUUAUUAUUUCUGGAUUGGGCUCUAUCAUGAGAAAGACAUCUGGCAGUGGUCUAAUGGAGAAAUCCCAAAUUAUUACAACUGGAAAAGGAACUUGUUUUGUGCUUAUGCAAAGAUGGACGGCUCCUGGAUGGAUUCAUCCUGUGAUGUUUUGAAGCCUUUCAUGUGCUACAAAGAAACCAAGAAUAUGAAUAGGAGCUAUUUCUGGAUAAAUGAGAGUAUGAGCUGGAGCAGUGCUCAGAAUUACUGUCGGGUGAAUUACACAGACCUGGUCAGUAUAAGGAAUGAGAAUGAAAACCAGAAGAUAAUGAAGACAGCACAGGGGGGCAACUUCUGGAUUGGCCUGUUCAACAAUCAAUGGAAAUGGUCUGAUGGACGAAAUUCAACCUUUCGAAACUGGGAUCAAACCUGCCAAGGACGUGAUAAAAGUGAACAAUGUGGGGCUAUUACUUCAAAUGGAAAGUGGUUUGCCUAUCCCUGCAGCACUCCGUGGUUCUUUUUCUGCAGUAACAGAUCCUGUGGGCCUCUCUCUUGCAAUACAACAUAUCUGUUUAUAUCAAAUCAGAUGACCUGGUAUGACGCCCAGAGCUUUUGCAGAUCAAACUACACAGACCUGGUCACUGUUGAGAAUCAAACUGUGAAUGACCAGCUGUUACAAAUCUCAGGACAAACAGGGGGAUGGAUUGGGCUGCGACAUGGAAAUGACACUUGGCAAUGGUCCAAUGGAGACCAGCUGACCUACAGAAAUUGGAAUCCAACCCUUUACUGUGCUCAGGUUCAAACAGAUGGCUCAUGGGCAGAUUCCUUUUGUGAUAACCAAAUCCCUUUCAUGUGCUACAAGGAAACUAGCUACACAAAUGAGAGGUAUGUCUGGAUCAAUGAAAGAAUGAACUGGUCCAGUGCUCAGAACUACUGCCGAGUGAACUACAAUGACCUGGUCAGUAUAAGGAAUGAAAGUGAAAAUCAGGAGAUAAUGAAGAAGGCACAAGGCAGUCCAUUCUGGAUCGGCUUGUUCAACAACCCCUGGAAAUGGUCUGAUGGAGGGACAUCAACAUUUCAAACCCCCAGUAGAUAUUGGUAUGGGUCCUGCGGGGAAGGGCAGAAACUCUGUGGAGUUGGUACACAGUAUGGAGGAUGGGGAGAGAUUGACUGCACAUGGUCCAUUCCCUUCUUCUGCAGUAAAAGAAAAGAAACAAAAAGGGUGUUUCUGAGAAUCAGUUUUGAAAGUCAGGCCAAUGCAGAUGUCCAAAUUUUCAGCAAUGGCAUCCUAAAUGAGUUAAAGAAAUAUAUUCCCCAACAAACUCUAUUGAACAACAAUAUUUAUUGGGUGAAGAGUGACAAAGGUGUAAUUUUUACAAAAGAAAAGAAUAAAGGAGCAACAUAAAGGUGAGAAGGAAACCAUUAUGUUACAAUCCAAUGGUAUCACUUUGAAUUCUCUGUCUAAUUCAAACACCAUACCAUACUGUAUGAGCACCACUGCAGGUUUGUACAUUCUGUUAUUUCCUGUAUAUGUCUACACUGUGUGCUCAAUAUCUCAACAUCUUACAGCAAUUUAACACUUGUGGAACUUUAUAAGAAAGCUUUUUUGAUACAAAUGUUAUGCAAUAAUGGGUUUGGAGUCAAACUUGUUUAUUUAUUUUAUUUAUGUAUGCUGACAAAAUUGGAAGCCAUCAUGAAAAAUCCCCUCCAUCCCCUCCAAAGGAUCCACUCAUGUAGCGCUUUUAGCCGCAUGUUCAUUCUACCAUGGUGUGCUGAGAAGUACCUUGGGGGGGUUUUCUGCCCACUGCCAUAAGGGAAUUCAGUGCUUCCUCCCAACACACCAAACUAAAUGCUAAGUUUAAGUUAAUUUUCCAGUUUCUGCACAAUAUACAUUAUUUAUGUAUUAAUUGAUUGACUGUUUGAUUGUAUUAUUUGUCCUAUGUGUCUGUAUCCUUGUUUUUUAUGUUUCUGCUCCUGUAUGCAUCUAAAUUUCCCCUUCAGAUUAAUAAAGUUUAUCUAAUCUAAUAUAAUCAUGACCUUAUGUAUGACAUUAUGU